AUGGCCCUUGAUUGUGCUGCCGUGCUGCAGCCGCUUACCCGCCACAUCAACACCCGCGACCUCUUGCAGCUGGCCCGUGGCUUUUCCGACACGUACAGAGACCUGGCCCAGCAGUCGACCCAACACUUCCUCGCAACUCCAGUGACUGCCCUGCCUACUGGCCGCGAAACUGGCACCUUCCUGGCCAUCGAUGUCGGCGGCACUAACCUGCGCGUUGGCUUCGUGAAGCUGUUGGGCGAGGCGGGCGAGCAGAACGAUGACUCCAAUUCAACAUCACGCCAUCAUGUCCCGGACAGACCAGCCAAAAUUCACCGCUGCCAUGAGCGCGCCUGGCCGAUUGAAGAGCACUUGAAAAUGGACCAGGCUGAUGAUUUGUUUAUUUGGAUCGGUGACUGCAUAGCUGCUGUCGUCCGAGAAGCUCUCGACGAUGCAACCCUGCGCAUCAAGGAUCUUGACGCGAUCCCCCUGGGCAUAACCUUUUCUUUUCCUAUGAAGCAAGAUGCAAUAUCCCAAGCCACGCUCAUGCCCAUGGGCAAGGGCUUCGCCAUCACAUCAGACCUCAACCUGGGCAAAAUGCUCCUCGCCGGAUAUGCGCGCCACUGCGCCAACGGCUUCAUUUCCCCGCAAAAAGCAACUCCCACAUUACCCAAGCUCCGCAUCGCCGCCAUCACCAACGACACGGUCGCCACCUACGCCUCCCUCGCCUACUCGAUCAAAGUCUCCAGCAACAGCCGCGUCGUCAUGGGCCUCGUCGUCGGCACCGGCACCAACGCAACCGUCCCCAUGACCGUCGACAGCCUCGGCUCCUUCAAGACGCAAUUUCUAGAUCUCCCGACGGAGACCUCUCCGCAAGACGCGAAGAUAGUCGUCAACACGGAGUGGUCCGUCUGCGGCACCGAUAUCCCCCUAAAGCAACUCCAGGUCCCGACCAUCUGGGACGCCGAGCUCGACCGCGCGUGCGACGCCCCCGGCUUCCAGCCCGUCGAGUACAUGACGGCGGGCCGCUACCUGGGCGAGCUCGUCCGCCUCGUCCUAGUUCAACUACUUCCCGAGCAGUGCGGCUGCGGCACCAAGGACGACCUGCCCCCGACCCUCAUGCGCCGCAACUCCCUGUCCACAAAGUUCCUGGCCACGGUCGUCGCGCUCGCCGACGACGCGGAGCUGAAGAGGAGCUUGGAGGAGCUGUAUCCCCCGCGCUCGGCCAGCGGCGGCAGCUUCGCGUGGACCAAGGAGCGCAUGGGGCUCCUCCGUGCGGCGGCCGCCGCAGUGCAGGUCCGCUCGGCGGCGCUCGUGGCGGCUAUGAUCGUGGGGCUGCUGGCGCGCGUUGGCGAGGUUUAUCUGGACGGCGACGACGACGCUGAGGACACGGAAGCAGAUGCAAACGCCGCUUCUUCUUCUUCUCCUGGCGCGCCGACGACGGGUGAGGCUGAGGAGCAGCUGAUCGUCGCCCAUACCGGCGGCGUGAUCUUGCAGUAUCCCGGCUACUUGGAGGACUGCGAGAAGUGGAUAGAUACGUUGCUUGCUGCAGGUUCGCGGAAGAAUUCGUCCAAGAGGGUCGUUCUCGGCGAGGCGAAGGAUGGGGGAGUUAUUGGCGCAGCCGUUUUGGCAGGCAUGUUUGCAGAAGCAAGGUGA